AGUUUGGGGUAAAGAAAAGCUUGGAAAAAAUAGCACUUUCAUACUGUGUGGAGAAAAGGAAUAAAAAAUUGCACCCCUCAAGCAAGUGCUCCUUAGCGUUACAGCCAGAUUCUACUUCACUCACCAUGAAGGCCACAGUCAUUGCAACCUUCUUUGGUGUAUUUCUUAUAUGUACAUAUGCAGCUAAGGAAGCCACAAAGAAGAUGAAGAAGUCUAAACUAUAUGUGCCCCAGAUCGACUGUGAUGUCAAGGCAGGGAAGAUAAUCAAUCCAGAAUUCAUUGCCAAAUGCCCUCCAGGAUGUCAAGAUGUAAAAUACCGUGUUUAUGGCACAGACAUUUAUGCAUCGUUUUCCAGUGUGUGCAAUGCUGCAAUUCACAGUGGUAUAAUCGACAACACAGGUGGGAAGAUCCUCGUUCAGAAAGUUGCUGGCCAUUCCGGUUACCGUGGGACCUUCUCCAACGGGGUCAGGUCGCUGUCACUGCCACGCUGGAGAGAGUCCUUCCUCGUGUCAGAGGGCAAGCCAAGAAAAGGUGUGACAUAUCCAUCAACUCUUGAAUAUUCUUCUUCAAAAAACACAGCUGUUAAAUCAGAGCCUAAAAAGCCAGAGCAAGACCUAAAAGCUAUGAAGAGUGCAGAUAGUGCUAAUGCGGCUGAGAAGGCAUCAGAACAAGGGGACACAGUCCGCAAAGAGUACCAGACAUCUCCUGUGCCGACACCAGCUACACAGAUGGCCACCACAACCCCAACACCAACCACCACCACGACAGAUCCUUCCACCACCACACCAAAGCCAACCACAACACCUGCCAUAGCCAGAACCACAAUAGUUGCUGCUGCAGCCAAGACUCGACCUGGACUGCACAGGCUCAGAGAUAUAGGCUCUAGCAGUAUCCACCCAGCAUAUUCAUCUGUGGUAGCUGCAGCAUCAAGACAGGUUCAGGCUGCCCAAGGAAGAGGACAGAAUACAGCAUUCAGGGGCACUUCCACCUCUCCAAGUAACAGGAAUAUUUUACGACCCAGUGCAGGUAUUCAGCGCCAAGAGCCUGAUGCUGCCUUCCGGAGGGCUGCUGGCUCUCCAGCCCACCUGGCAAUGGAAACAGACUCGUGGAAACCUGGACUGAGCCUUUUUGACCCAGGCUUCAGUUCCAAGGAAGAAUUGAAUCCAAAGCCGCUGGAGCCAGUCUCCCAGGGGAACCCAAAUUGCAAGGUUGAUUUGUCCUUCUUGAUGGACGGGAGCUGGAGCAUUGGUAAACGCCGCUUUCAGCUCCAGAAGCAGUUCCUCAGUAACAUGGCUCAAGCCCUUGGCGUUGGCAGCACUGGUCCUCUGAUGGGCAUUGUUCAGUACGGAGAUGACCCAUCCACAGAAUUCAACUUAAAAACUUAUGCCAACUCCAAGGACCUUAGAAAUGCCAUUGAGAAAAUCCCACAGAAAGGUGGACUUUCCAAUGUUGGGAAGGCACUUUCAUUUGUUAACAAAAACUUUUUUUUGGAUGCUAAUGGAAACAGAGGUGGAGCCCCCAAUGUGGCUGUAGUGUUGGUGGAUGGGUGGCCAACUGACCGAGUGGAGGAGGCCUCCAGGCUGGCCAGAGAAUCAGGGAUCAACAUUUUCUUCGUCACUAUUGAAGCAGCUGCUGAAAGUGAGAAGCAGAACGUUAUUGAACCAGACUUCGUGGACAAGGCUGUGUGCAGGACAAGUGGUUUCUACUCCAUCAAUGUGCCCAGCUGGUUCAGCCUACACAAGGUGGUCCAGCCCUUGGUGAAGAGGGUCUGCGACACCGAUCGGCUGGUUUGUAGCAAGACCUGCCUUAACUCAGCCGACAUCGGUUUCGUGAUCGACGGCUCCAGCAGCGUCGGCACCAGCAAUUUCCGCACGGUCCUCCAGUUCGUAGCCAACAUCAGCAAGGAGUUUGAGAUUUCAGACACCGACACCCGCAUCGGAGCAGUGCAGUACACCUACGAGCAAAGGCUCGAGUUCAGCUUUGACAAAUACAGCACAAAGCAGGACGUGCUGAGUGCUAUUAAAAGGAUCAGUUACUGGAGCGGUGGGACCAGCACAGGGGCAGCCAUCAGCUACGCCUCAGAGCAGCUGUUCAGCAAGUCCAAACCCAACAAAAGAAAGAUCAUGAUUCUCAUUACAGAUGGCAGGUCUUAUGAUGAUGUCAGAGUACCCGCCAUGGCAGCUCACAGAAAUGGAAUUAUAGCUUACUCCAUUGGAGUUGCUUGGGCGGCCCAAGAUGAACUGGAAGCCAUUGCAACAGACCCUGAUAAGGAGCAUUCCUUCUUUGUGGAUGAAUUUGACAACCUCUACCGCUUUGUAAAUCAGCUCAUCCAAAACAUUUGCACAGAAUUCAAUUCCCAGCCACGGAACUGAUGGACUCAAGCAAGGCGGGACCCUCAGGCGCCGUGCUGAAGGCAUGCCAAGUGCCACAGGAGUAAUGCCAGUUCAGGAAACACUGGGGGUGUUUUUCUCUGACACUUUCCAGACUGAUUGCAGCUCUGACCCUAUGCAUGAUAAUGCUCUGUGUAGACUGUUGUUUGGUUUUUUUGUUUUUUUUUUCCUUGCAGGCUUCAGAUUUGGAUGGAUAGCAAAAGAGGCAGUAAACAUGGAGGAAAUAACUGGAGCUGCUUGAAAAGCUGCUUCCAAUAUAGAGCCCUAGCUUGUCUGAUUCCCACCUUUGGGCACACAUAAGCUCCUUAAAACAUACCACCAGCUUCCUGAAGUAGUCAGGUCCCUUGAAGGAGCAGCCACAUUGGUGAGCUGCAGUGGCAGAAGCACCUCUGUGUGGCACUGCCCACCCAGGUCAAGGCUGAAAUAUCAGACACUUUUUUUUUGGGGUGUAUGUGUGGGACAGCUCAAAUCUUAGUACCUUCUUCAAAGCAGGCACUCUCUCCAUACAGCUCUCUUACCAGCAAGUUAAGCUUCAGCUAGUGUAAACUCAAACAUUUUGAUUUAUCCAAAGCAGAGAAUGUAUAGUAACUGAGAGGAAAAAGUCAAGCUGUGGGGCCCUACCACUGUUUGUCAACCUGAAUAAAGCCCCACAUCCACAAAGCAGGCAACACACAGGAACUGAAAUCUAGUCACCUACAGCACCGCAUUUAUAUUUGAUUUGAAGAAGUGCCUUGUCCCCUUAGAGCUCUUGCUCCUUUCUUGGGCAGCUUAAGGCCUGCAGGACCAUAGGAUAAUUGCGAAGACAGAAGAAACUCUGGGAAAAAUUGUGGAUUUAAGUGGCUCACAAUCAGAAAAGCAUUUGAGAUCACCAUUCUGUUCUUAAACCACAGCUCAGAACAGCUUAUAGCAGUCUCUAGCAUGAGGAGAGAUAUUCAAGAGCCAUUAACACGAUUUAAGAGGGAAUUAUCUAAACUUCUGCAUUAUACACUGGGAAAAGUAGCAUUUCAAGCAUUCACAGAGAUGCUCUCCUAAAUUUGGGACUGCCUUCUGUUUUAGGGAUUUAUUUCAACAUUAACCUACUACAGGUCUGGAUUAUUCAAAACACACAGUUGUUUCUUAAGUGAAGAACUAGCCAUACCACUAGUCUGCAGGGCAGGAGUGACCCAUCAAGAAGAUUUAAAGAACUCCACUUUGAUUAAGAAACAGCAGUUACUGGUUAUGUUUCCAUCCAGCAUAAUGUAAGAAAACAGGUUCCUUAAGCAAAGUUAUCAAAGGAAAGGGAUGAAGUUUCAGAGCCAAUAAAAACGUGCACGUUCAUUCACCUUACGGCAACCAAAGCCACACUGCCUGAGGCUUGUAAAACUAACAAGAAAUGGGAAGAAAUUAAAACUCAAAUUUCACAUCUUACUUUUAAUAGCAUUUAUAGUUUUGAUAACCAUGAUUCAGGGUGUUUAUUAUUCACAUAAAAAUGUUAAUUAAAUAAAUUGCCAUAAGGCAGACUGCCUUCUGUCAACAAAAGUAGCACAACCUUUUAAAUCAUUACAUUUGGAAAUUCAACUGAAGGAGCCAAAAAAAUUACCAAUUAAGAAGCAGAACGGCAGAUUCUGCAUGAUCUCCCUAGUGUGGCAACAUAAGGCAGACUCCUAAGGACAGGGAGUUAGGUAGAAGCAGAGCCCAUCUCCUGACCCACCUCCCUCACUACUGUUCUAACUGCAAGCAUGUUUCUCUGUCAACACAGGACAUUAUAUGAGCCAGAAAAAAUUCAAACACAUAAACUGAAUUUACUGGGGACUUCAGUUCAGACACCAGAUUUAUUGUCUGAAAACCUGUUUGCUUGGGGUUUAAUUUGUGGCUAGCUGAGAAAAAAGGCCUAAGUCUUAACUUUUAGCUACCCUUAAUAUUGUGGUUGCAAUUUUAAUGCAACAGCUUAUCACCAGAUCUUGUUUUCCAUACUGGCCAUACUGCAGCUCAGAAGACUGGUACUCUGCAGAGACUCCCCAGUUGUUUCACUUGUGCUCAGCUGAAAGCACAGCUCAUAAGGCCAAGAUAUUAGCAACAGUUAGAGCCACACAUGUGAUUUAGGAUAUGCAUUUUAAUUUCUUCCAAAAGUUUAAACUUCAAGCAAUGACAGUGAGCUUUCAAAUGCUCUUCCACAGGGAAGCUGUACAACUAUCUUCUGGGUCAAGCACUUAUAAAGGGCACUCCAGGGUUUG